AUGGAGCAGCAUGCUAGUCACCCUAACAGAAAAGCCAAAGAGGAAAGUCAUGCUGUGCCUCUUUGUCGAGCCAAACCGUCCCCUAGCUUUAUUAAUCUUCAAGCAAGUUCCCCACUGGCCACAUUCCUGAACGUCCGGACAGCAAAGCUGCCCUCAGGAGUCGACCCCAAGCCCAAGGAAUGCCUGGGACUUCUGGAACGGACCAUCUUCCUGUGGACCUUCUGGCCCAGCUUCAACUCUGCGCCCACCAUGCUGGGGGAUGGGCAGCACCGAACAACCCUGAACACGUACUACUCCCUGACCGCGAGCACCCUCAGCACCUUUGCCUUGUCCGCCCUCGUCGGGGAGCACGGCCGGCUGGACAUGGUUCACAUCCAGAACGCAGCGCUGGCCGGAGGGGUCGUAGUGGGGACAUCAGGUGAAAUGAUGCUGACGCCCUUUGGGGCCCUGGCAGCCGGCUUCCUGGCUGGGACAGUCUCCACGCUGGGGUACAAGUUCUUCACGCCUGUCCUUGAGGCGAAAUUCAAACUCCAAGACACGUGUGGCGUCCACAACCUCCACGGGAUGCCUGGGGUCCUGGGAGCCCUCCUAGGGGUCCUUGUGGCCGGGCUGGCCACCCACGAAGCUUAUGGAGAUGGCCUAGGCAGUGUGUUUCCGCUCGUAGCCGAGGGCCAGCGCUCCGCCAAGGCUCAGGCCAUGUACCAACUCUUCGGGCUGCUUGUCACACUGACGUUUGCCUCUGUGGGCGGGGCGCUUGGAGGGCUCCUGCUGAGGCUGCCCUUCCUGGACCCCCCUCCAGACUCCCAGUGCUACGAGGACCAGAUUUACUGGGAGGCUUCUGGUGGGAGCCGGGCCUGUCUGUCCACGGACCUCUCCCUCAAGACCAAGCCCGUUGGGACCUAG